GUUUUAUUAGUUAAUAUCUAAAUUUAAUCAAAUUUUUCAAUAAUGUAAUUCGUUAAAAUUUUGACAUAAAUCUGUAACUGUAACUAUGUAUAUAUCUGCGCAGUAGGGAUGUUGAUCUUUGAAGACGGAUUCACAUGUCCGCUUUCUGUCGCCCGAUGUGUGCGACUCUUGUUCCAUUGCGAUCAUUGCCCGUUCUGCGGUAGGCAGUAGAAGCUGUUUCUAGCUCGCCACAAAUCAGCGCAAGAGCAUUUACAAAACAGCGCUCCAAGUGACUUUACGAGGUACUACACAUUUGAAAUUGAUGUUUAAAUUGUAACGAAUAAUUUGCAUCAUUUUACAUAGUAGUCUGAUUGCAACGAAAAUCAGCAUUAUUUAAAUAAUAAUAAAGAUGAACGAUACACGGAGUGGAAGAAAGGAAAAAUGUCAGCAGAUACAAGUAUUCGUUCGUGUUAGACCUAUCAACAAUUUUGAGGAAAAUAAUAAAUCUACAUCCAUAUUAGAAGUUCCAAAUAAUAAGGAAAUAAUAGUACAUGAACGUCCAAAUGACAAAGUUUCUAAAAAAUUUAAGUUUAAUAAUGUAUUUGAUCCUUUGUCAAAACAGAUCGAUGUAUAUAAUGUCGUUGUUAGUCCAUUAUUGGAACAAGUUUUGGCUGGAUAUAAUUGUACAGUAUUUGCAUAUGGUCAAACUGGUACAGGGAAGACAUACACAAUGGAAGGAAUUAACAAUGAUCGAACAUUAUAUUGGCACAGUGACUCGUCUGCUGGCAUGAUACCACGUUCUUUAAGUCACUUAUUUGACAAAUUGCAACUAUUGGAAGCACAGGAAUAUACAAUUAGAGUUAGUUUUCUUGAACUCUAUAAUGAAGAUAUAUUUGAUCUUUUAUCAUCUAGUAACGAUGCAUGUAAAUUGAGGCUAUAUGAAGAUGCAUCAAAAAAAGGUGCAGUAAUCAUACAUGGAUUAGAAGAAGUAACAAUACACAAUGCAAGUGAAGUUUAUAAAAUUAUUAAGAAAGGGUCGGACAGAAGGCAAACAGCUGCAACAUUGAUGAAUACUCAAUCUAGCCGGUCCCAUACUAUAUUCUCAAUUACUAUACAUAUGAAAGAAAGUACUGGUAAUACGGAUGGUGAAGAGAUUCUGAAAAUGGGGAAAUUAAAUUUAGUGGAUCUGGCUGGUAGUGAAAAUAUUGGAAGAUCUGGCUCUGUUGAUAGGAGAGCAAGAGAAGCUGGUAAUAUUAACCAGUCUUUACUAACUCUUGGCAGAGUUAUAACAGCUCUUGUUGAAAAAGCACCUCAUAUACCUUACCGGGAAUCUAAACUUACAAGAUUACUGCAGGAAUCAUUAGGUGGUCGGACAAAAACGUCAAUUAUCGCAACAGUAUCCCCUGCUAGCAUUAACCUUGAGGAAACAUUAUCAACGCUAGAUUAUGCACAUCGUGCAAAAAAUAUCACAAAUCGUCCGGAAAUAAAUCAGAAACUUUCGAAACGAGAAUUUUUGAAACAAUAUACAGAAGAAAUUGAAAAGCUUCGAAGAGAUUUAUUAGCUUCACGUGAUAGAAACGGUGUUUAUCUUGCAGAUGAUAAUUAUAGAGAAAUGGAAACACUAAUUUCACGACAGACUAAGCAAAUAGAAGAAAAAAUUAAUCAUAUAAAAGCGCUUGAGAAAAUUAUGCAAGACAAGGAGAAAAUAUUUAAUGAACUUGAAUUGCAAAAUAUUGCCCAGACAAAAGAAUUAGACGAAGUUAAGACUAAAUUAUAUAAUUUCUCUGAAGCUUUACAGUCGUCAAAUUAUCGAUUAAAAUUAACAACGCAGGAACGAGAUGAGCAUAAAUAUUUAGUAGAGAGACAUAUGAAUACAGAAAAGUCUUUAUUGGAUCAGGCUCAGACUUUGCUAAAUGUUGCAGAUACAGCAAUAACAGAUUCAUAUAAAUUACACGAUAAAAUUGACAGGAAAAGUAAAACAGAACAAAAAUUUGAAGACCUUGGUAGAACCGUGAAAAGUAAUGUUUGUGAGUGUUUGCAAAAUAUAGAAAAAGAUAUAUCUACAUAUGGUGAAAAAUUAAAGACAUUUUUUCCAGCAAUGAAAAAUGACAUCGAAACCUCUAUCAAAUGUAACGGUAUUGACACGAUAAUACAUCGAAACGCGACGAGCAAUUCGAAUCAAUCAGAUACUACUAAUUUAACAAAAAAUAUAAAUGAAUUUCAUUUAGAGUAUCAGAAUUGGAUACAAAAUGAAGUAAGAAAUGUGGUUGGCACAGUGGAAUCUGAACACGAAUUAAUGAGUGUUGUUUCUCUGCAAUUGGCUGAAAGCAUCAACAGUAUGAUAGAAAAUGAAAUAGCUAAAAACCUGGAAAUCAUAAGGAAUAAUGUAUCUGAAAAAUUAAAACAAACUUCGACUCUUCUAAAAGAAAUGAUAGAUGCUUCUUGUAAUUAUGAAUUAGAAAUUAAUGAUCGUAUGUGCCAAAGUGUCAAAAGUAUUAUGGAAGCUGUUGAAGUACUUCGUAAAAAACAAGAAUUUAGUGAAAAACAACAGUUAUUUACUAAAAUGAUGGGAAAUCUAUUUUCACAGUCUAACGAAUUACAUGAAAGUCAAGGAAAGCAUUAUUCUGCUACAAUUGACAAAUGUGAUUAUGUUAGCAAAAUUUGUAAUGAAGCUAAUGUUCAAGCAACAAAUAGUUCUAAUAUAAAUGUUAAAAUGAGAAAUGAUUUAAAAGAUUAUAUACAAAGUGAUAUAGAGAAAAUAGAAAAUAACGUUAUUGUUACAACAAGACAGAAUGAAGAAAUUGCAAAUGAGAUUACAAAGCAAGGAAAGGAUUUAAUAAACGAAUUAAAGUCAAAUAUAAAUGAAAAUUGUAAUAUGUUGAAGCAGUAUACAAGUGAUAUGGAAUGCAAUAUUAAGGAAGAACAACUGAAAAUGGAUGCAGAUAAGAAUAUAUCCCUUUCAUUAAUCAAUGACGCGCGUGAAGUAAUUUCAGAUAUAAGUAAAAACCAUGCAAGAUUCGUGAAAGAUAUAAAGGAAAAUACUGGAUAUGUGUCUCAAAACGUAUCUGCCCAAUUAGAAAACCAAAUAAGAGAAUCAAGUGCACGGAAUGAUAAUAUUAUUGAACAGUUACAAAUAACAGUUGGUGAAAUUAACAAAUUUUUUGAUGAAGAUUUGCAACGUGAUGUCGCAACAGGAUUAACUCCAGCAAGGAAAAACUUUUCCUAUCCUCGUCAAUUUAAGGUAACAUCUCCGCAUGAACAAAUUCUUAAAAAGUUUAGAGAAAGCAGGAAAUUCCUUGAAACAACAGAUGAUGAUUCUAUACAAGAUGACACAAUUAUCAGUGGUGAAAUAAUGAAGGGCAUUGCAAAUUCAACUGCAUUAUCUGACAUUACACUCAUAUCUUCUGCAAUUGAUAAUAUAACAUUUGAUACUUCUAUUUCAAGUAGUAAAUUUGUGGAUUCUCAUACUGAAAAUAUUACACAAAUGCUAGAUGUAUCUUCAAAGUUGAUACAAUCCCAUACUCAAUCUGAAUCUGUAAUAUACAGGAAGAAUGAAAACAAGGAAAAUAAUAACUAAUAUACAACAAUCAGAAUGAUGAAACAAAAAGUGAAGCUGAUAGAAAUAUUUACAGUAUAGAAUUUUUUCUACUUAUCUUUAUAACAUCUGUCCAA